GUGGAAGUCUGCCGGUCUGCGCCAGUGUCUCAUAUCAAUGGCUUUCAGGGCACAAUUUAUUUGAAUGUCUGGACUUUAUACAAUUUCACCCCUAAGAAACCAAUGAUGGAUAUCCUAUGGAUUUUAUGGACACUACUACCCUCGGUCCUGGCUGUUGAAGAAAUGUUGAUGGAUUCCACCACAGCGACCGCAGAGCUUGGCUGGACAGUAUAUCCGGUGUCGGGGACAAGUGACAAUAGUUGGGAAGAAGUGAGUGGCUACGAUGAGAAUAUGAACACCAUUCGUACCUAUCAAGUGUGUAACGUCUUUGUCGCCAACCAAAAUAACUGGGUGCGCACCAAGUACAUCCGCCGAAGAGGUGCUCAACGCAUUCACGUGGAGAUGAAGUUCUCAGUACGAGACUGCAGCAGCAUCCCAAGAGUCCCUGGUUCCUGCAAGGAAACUUUCAACCUCUACUACUAUGAAUCAGACUCCGACACGGCCACCAAAGUCUUUCCCCCAUGGAUGGAAAACCCUUGGAUCAAGGUGGAUACCAUUGCGGCCGAUGAGAGCUUCUCGCAAGUAGACCUGGGCGGACGGGUGAUGAAGAUUAAUACAGAGGUUCGCAGUUUCGGCCCCGUCUCCCGUAACGGUUUCUACUUAGCCUUCCAGGACUAUGGCGGGUGCAUGUCGCUUAUCGCCGUACGAGUGUUCUACCGGAAAUGCCCUCGCGCCAUCCGCAAUGGAGCGAUAUUUCAGGAGACGCUGUCGGGAGCAGAGAGCACCUCACUUGUGGCGGCGAGGGGAGUGUGCGUCCCUAAUGCCGAGGAGGUCGACGUUCCCAUUAAACUCUACUGUAAUGGAGAUGGAGAGUGGAUGGUCCCUAUUGGCCGCUGUAUGUGUAAAGCAGGGCACGAGGCUGUGGAAAAUGGAACUGUUUGCAGAGCAUGCCCUUCAGGUUUCUUCAAGACUGCGCAAGGUGACGAGAAAUGCCUGCAGUGUCCAAUCAACAGCCGCACAACCAACGAUGGAGCCACCAACUGUGUCUGCCGAAAUGGAUAUUACCGCACAGACUCUGACCCCUUAGAGAUGCCCUGUACAACUGUGCCAUCGGCUCCUCAAAAUGUCAUCUCCAGUGUGAAUGAGACUUCACUGAUGCUGGAGUGGAAUCCUCCGCGGGAGACUGGUGGUCGUGAUGACGUGGUCUAUAACAUCAUCUGCAAGAGUUGCGGAGGUGGCAGAGGGGGCUGCACGCGUUGUGGGGACAACGUGCAGUUCGUUCCACGACAGCUGGGACUCACGGAGAGCCGGGUCUUUAUAAGUGAACUUCUGGCUCACACCCAGUACACUUUUGAAGUCCAGGCUGUCAACGGUGUAUCAGACCAGAGCCCUUAUUCACCCCAAUAUGCAUCAGUCAACAUCACUACUAACCAGGCUGCUCCUUCUACGGUGUCUAUCAUGCAUCAGGUCAGUCGCACCAUUGACAGCAUCACUCUCUCCUGGUCCCAGCCUGACCAGCCCAACGGGGUCAUUCUCGACUAUGAGCUGCAGUAUUAUGAGAAGGACCAGACGGAGCAUAAUUCUUCCUUAGUAAAGAGUCAAACCAACACUGCAGUCAUCCGUGGCCUCAAACCCGGAGGCAUCUACGUCUUCCAGGUCCGAGCCCGUACGGUGGCGGGGUUCGGACGCUUCAGCGGCAAGAUGUACUUCCAGACCAUGACUGAGGAGGAGUACAACACAAGCAUUCAAGAGAAGCUGCCUCUCAUCAUUGGCUCGGCGGCUGCUGGUCUGGUCUUUCUCAUUGCGGUGGUGGUCAUCAUCAUCGUUUGCAACCGACGUGGGUUCGAGAGAGCGGAUUCAGAAUACACUGACAAGUUGCAGCACUACACAAGCGGCCACAUGUCACCAGGAAUGAAGAUCUACAUUGAUCCAUUUACCUACGAAGACCCCAAUGAAGCUGUGAGGGAGUUUGCAAAGGAAAUUGAUAUCUCUUGUGUGAAAAUUGAGCAAGUCAUUGGAGCAGGUAAUCAAACCUCCAAACAUCCAACAUGUUUUACCAUGAAGCUUUUUUUGUGCCUUAACCUAAAUAACAAUACGUCUUUAUCCAAAGGAGAGUUUGGAGAGGUGUGCAGUGGAAACCUAAAGCUCCCAGGGAAGAGAGAGAUGUUUGUGGCCAUCAAAACACUGAAGUCAGGUUACACAGAGAAGCAGAGGCGAGACUUCCUGAGCGAAGCGAGCAUCAUGGGGCAGUUUGAUCACCCCAAUGUCAUCCAUUUGGAGGGAGUGGUGACCAAGAGCAGCCCCGUCAUGAUCAUCACGGAGUUCAUGGAGAAUGGCUCAUUGGACUCUUUCCUCAGGCAAAAUGAUGGGCAGUUCACUGUGAUUCAGCUGGUGGGCAUGUUACGAGGGAUCGCCUCCGGGAUGAAGUAUCUCGCAGACAUGAAUUACGUGCACAGGGACCUGGCCGCCCGCAACAUCUUAGUUAACAGUAACCUUGUUUGCAAGGUUUCUGAUUUUGGACUCUCCCGCUUCUUGGAGGAUGACACAUCAGACCCCACCUAUACCAGUGCCCUGGGUGGGAAGAUCCCUAUUCGAUGGACUGCCCCAGAAGCCAUCCAAUAUAGGAAGUUCACCUCUGCUAGUGAUGUAUGGAGCUACGGGAUUGUCAUGUGGGAAGUGAUGUCGUAUGGAGAGCGGCCAUAUUGGGACAUGACCAAUCAGGACGUCAUCAACGCCAUUGAGCAAGACUACCGGCUACCCCCUCCCAUGGACUGCCCGAGUGCCCUCCACCAGCUCAUGCUGGACUGCUGGCAGAAAGACCGCAACAACCGGCCCAAGUUCAGCCAGAUUGUCAACAACCUGGACAAGAUGAUCCGUAACCCCAACAGCCUGAAGGCCAUGACUCCACUGUCAUCAGGUGUGCAUCUGCCCUUGCUUGACCGCAGUGUGCCUGACUUCUCGAGCUUUAGCACUGUGGAUGAUUGGCUGGAUGCUAUUAAGAUGGGCCAAUACAAAGACAACUUUGCCAAUGGCAACUUCACCAGCUUCGACCUCGUUUCCCAGAUGACCAUGGAGGACAUUCUCAGGGUCGGAGUGACACUAGCAGGUCAUCAGAAGAAGAUCCUCAACAGCGUUCAGAUGAUGAGGGCCCAGAUGAACCAGAUCCAAUCGGUAGAGGUUUGACCACAUGCCACGAUUAGACUGGGAAGAGGACAAGAGGAGGCGGCAGAGAGCCAACGUGAAGGGAUGGGGCGGCAACCACAGACCCUAAGCCUGAUUUUCCUUCUGGACCACCUAGGAUAUGCACCUGCCCCCUCCUCCGAAAAACUCUCCUUCUCCAUCUGUGACAUCUGAAUCCCCCAUUAACCCCCAGACACCCUAAUGGGCUCGACUCGGGAAAGCUGCGUCUGGAAAAUAUGGUCACAACACCUGAUCGUUUAGCUUUAGCCGCCACCAAUCACAGGAUGACCGUUCAGUUUGCCAGCAACCCCCCCCCCCCCCCCCCCAUUGAAUUUUCCUCUUACUUUUUCCAGUUUUAUUAUUUUAUUAUUAAUUUUUUUCGUUUUGUUUUUAUUGUCUUCUUUUUUAAAAGAGUUUUUUUUUUUUGUAAAGAUUUUUAAAGCUAUGAAAACAAGGAAUCUAUAUAAAUAUAUAGAUUGGUGUAAACUUGCUGACUGAAUAUGUGGACUAACUCGAAAAGCUACCCUUUAAAAGGGCAAUGAAGAAACAGGAGACAAAAAAAAAAAAACUUCACCUCACAAUACCUGCUUCUGAUUUUCUUCGUUAUAUUUUAGGAAAAUCUUGAAAAGACAGAAAGACUGUCUGAUUAGUGGAUACACACGGGACAACCUGCGGGACCUUGAUCCCUGUCCCCUCGCUGAUAGCCGAGGGGAAAGUACCUGAACACCAUUAAAUGGGACUUAAUUUCGGCAGCUGAUACUGCCUUGAAGAAAAUAUGAGACUUCAGUCAUGUUGCCAUUUAAAUUACAUCAACACAAACAAACAGACAAGUGGAGAAAAAAAAAAGUCUAAGUAGUUAUCACAGUGUGGAAUUUGUGGUGCAGAUUUCUCAUUGCUUGGGGGAAGAAAAAAUAAAUCUUUUACAGAUGUCAUACC